UGUUACAUUAUAAAAAAUUUUUUUUAAAAUAAUAAUAGUAAAUUUAAAGAACUGCAGUUAUACAAAUUGGUGUUUUUUAUUGUACUCAUCGAAUUCAGUGUAACUAUAUUGACAAAGGAACUAAGAAACUUCGCAACUUUCUUCAACAAAGGACAGGAAAUGUAAAGAGAUUCAAUGGAAGCAGUGAUGCACGGAUCUAUGCAGCGUACAUCAAUAUGAAUGAAUUCAUGCAAUAACUCUAACUUGUACAAAACUACCGACAUCGAAUGAAAUGCAGUCAUUGUAACUGCAUUUGCCAUCAGGAAAGCAGUGUGCUGCAGAUAGUGCGCAGGCGUGCUGUAGAGCGGUGUAUAUCUUCGCCUUUCACCACAACUAGUAAGCCAGUUAAAGAUCGUUCGGCGAUGUGGCGAGUCUCUAGCGUUAAACUCACUCAAGUUAUACCUGAACAGGCGUGAGGAUAAUAUACAACAACUAAUGGAAAGUGCUAUAAAUGUCGUUCUGCACAUUUUUGUGUUUUAUGUUUCAGAAUGUUUAGCGAAAAAUCAACAAGGAAGAGCAUUAGCCUUUUCAGUUGAGCCUUCUCAAAAUAUAGAUUUCUAUAAUACAACAGGAACUGUAAUACCAUGUUCUGCACAUGGAGAACCUGCUCCCACGCUCACCUGGAAGUCUCGUGAUGGUAGUGUCGUCACUGAUGUACCUGAUCUACGUCACGUUAGGCCCGAUGGCUCCCUCGUGUUCAAUCAGUUCCAACCAGAACAGUACAGACAAGAUGUACACGCCACUGUAUAUUAUUGUGUCGCUUCCAAUGUUUUUGGUAGCAUUGCUAGUAGGGAUGUACACGUCAGAGGAAUUGUCAAACAACCGUACAAGAUUCAAGUUUUCGAUGAAUUUACUAUUUACGGGAAUACAGCUGUAUUGAAAUGCAGCAUUCCAAGUUUUGUUAGAGAUUAUGUUAUGGUGACUUCUUGGAUUAGAGAUGACUCCAUCAAUGUCAUUUCUUCGGCUGAAAGAGGAGGAAAAUAUAGCGUAUUUCCAACAGGAGAACUACACAUAAGAGGAGUAAGUGUUGAGGAUGGAUUUAAAACCUAUCGUUGUGUGACGAGGAAUAGAAUAACUGGUGAAAUACAGCCAAGUAGUUCAGCUGGGAAACUUAUUGUCACAGAUUCUCACAGUAGCGUUUCUCCUAGAAUUACACACAGCAAAUCAAAAAUCCAAGUUGAUAAAGGACAGACAGUAGAAUUGCCUUGUGCUGCACAAGGCUAUCCUGUACCAACUUAUACGUGGUAUAGAGUGAAUGAUAAUUAUUCCCGUCCUCCAUCAAGAGUUCAACUCAGCGGUAGGAUAACACAAUUGGAUGGCACAUUAAUUGUGCGACAAACAAAUUUAAAUGAUAAUGGAAAGUAUAUUUGUGCCGUUAAUAACAGUAAUGGCCAAGAAAAAGUAGAAACGGAAUUAUUAGUUAGAGAAACAUUAACGGUUCAUGUUGAUCCACCUUAUCAAACUGUGGAUGUUGGUAAAUCGGCAACAUUCGUUUGCAAUGUGAGUGGUCAUCCAAUUCAUGCAAUUAAUUGGAAGAAAGAUCUUCAACCGGUCUUGAAUGCUGGAAGAUCUAUUGUCACUCGAGAUACGUUACGAAUAAGCACAGUAGAAAGAGAAGAUAGAGGGAUGUACCAGUGUUUUGUAUAUAACGAUAAAGAAUCGGCUCAAGGAACAUCACAGCUCAUUCUUGGAGAAACAUUAACGGUUCAUGUUGAUCCACCUUAUCAAACUGUGGAUGUUGGUAAAUCGGCAACAUUCGUUUGCAAUGUGAGUGGUCAUCCAAUUCAUGCAAUUAAUUGGAAGAAAGAUCUUCAACCGGUCUUGAAUGCUGGAAGAUCUAUUGUCACUCGAGAUACGUUACGAAUAAGCACAGUAGAAAGAGAAGAUAGAGGGAUGUACCAGUGUUUUGUAUAUAACGAUAAAGAAUCGGCUCAAGGAACAUCACAGCUCAUUCUUGGAGACGUCACACCUAUGUUAAAGCAAACUUUCGAAUCUGAAACGAUAGAACCUGGCUCUCCCAUGUCGUUAAAAUGCAUAGCAGCAGGAAAUCCUUUACCUCAAGUAACGUGGACAUUAGAUGACGUUGCUAUACCUGAUCACGUUAGAUUUUCGGUUGGAGACUUUGUUACCAGACAGGCAGAAGUUAUCAGCUUCGUUAACGUUACUAGUGCCAGAGUUGAAGAUGGAGGAUAUUAUAAGUGCCAAGCUGCCAAUGAUAUUGGGAAAAUUUCUCACACUGCUAAAAUUAAUGUCAUUGGACCUCCUUACGUGCGCGUUAUGAAAGAUGUAGUCGCUGUAGAAGGUGACUGGUUAUGGAUUCGUUGCCCUGUAGCGGGAUAUCCUAUCGAAGAAAUAUACUGGGAACAUAACGGUCGAAGGAUACCUUACAAUCACAGGCAGAAGACCUACAAAAAUGGAACAUUAACUGUUCGUGAUGUUGAUCGUAGAAGUGAUGGAGGAAAAUACACAUGUGUAGCUCGAAAUACACUAGGACAAAGAGGGGAAAGGAACUUAAAUGUGCGAGUUCUAUCUCCACCAGUGAUAGAACCAUUUGCUUUCCCGGAAGCUGUAGAAGAAGGUUCUAGAUCAAAAGUAUUAUGCUCUGUAACUAAAGGCGAUCCUCCAAUCACCAUCCAGUGGCUAAAGGAAGGAAAGCCUUUACCACAUGAUCUAGGAGUGACAGAAACUAUCUUAGACGAAUUCUCCAAGGCUCUUAUAUUUCCAAGAGUUGACUUAAGGCAUAGAGGCAAUUAUACUUGCACAGCUGUAAAUUCAGCAGCUACAGCAACUUUAACGGCUUCAAUGAUAGUGCAUGCACCUCCGCGCUGGACGUUAGAGCCUACUAACACAGCAGCUGUGUUAGGAACAGAUGUUCUACUGAAUUGCAAAGCAAAUGGGUUUCCCAAACCUCAAAUAAUAUGGAAACGAGCAGAAGGUUCAUUGACAAGCGAUUAUAAAACGUUAUUAACAGAUGCUCACAUACACAUGAUGAGUAAUGGCUCUUUAUCAGUACGACACGUAGAAAAAUCUGAUAGCGGUUACUACAUGUGCCAAGCUAGUAAUGGAAUAGGAUCUGGUAUAAGCACCGUAGUUAAAUUAACAGUAAGAGUUCCAGCUUAUUUUAAAGAAGAAUUUAAAGCAGAAACAAUUCGAAAAGGUGAAAAUAUACGUAUUAAAUGUCAAGCAUUUGGCGAUCGUCCAUUAUCGGUAACAUGGAGGAAAGAUAGCCAAGUUUUAGACAGACAGUUAAAUAGAAAAUAUAUGGUUGAAGACACGUUAACCGAUGACGGUAUGACUUCCGAACUGAACAUACCAUCAGCUGAUAGAAGAGAUUCCUCUUUGUUUACUUGCACAGCAGCAAAUACUUACGGCAAAGAUGAUCUAAAUAUACAAAUUAUUGUACAAGAAAGACCAGACAAGCCUUUAAAAGUAUCAGUAGCAGAAACAGAAAGCAGACACGUAAUCAUCUCUUGGUCUCCUCCAUUUUCAGGAAAUAGUCCAAUCCAGCAAUACAUAGUACAGUACAAAACAGAUAAAGAAAAUUGGAGUAGUGGAGUUAAACAAACUACCGCUGCUGGUAUGGAGACAAAGGCAACUAUAUCAUCUUUAAACCCUGCAUCUACAUAUCAUAUUAGACUAUUUGCAGAGAAUAGUUUUGGGAGAAGCGAUCCAAGUAAUACAAUUACAGUUACAACGAAUAUGGAAGCUAUGCUAGCGAUUUCAAAUAGAACAUGCACGAUAACCAGCAAUCAAAAAUUUGAAAAACCUCCCCAAACGCAUUUGAGACAUGGACAGUUGAAAGGAUAUUAUGUUGGCUAUCGUGUACACGGUUCUGGUGAUCCUUAUACAUACAAAACUCUAGAAAUUACGGAUAAGUUUAAGAACGAAUGCACGAUAAAUCAUUUAAAUCGCCUUACAAAAUAUAGUAUAAUAGUACAAGCAUUUAACAGUAUAGGCGCAGGCCCACCUUCUGAUCAAAUCAUUGUACAAACUAAAGAUAAUGAUCCUCCACUUUCACCGAAAAUCACUAUAGUUUCUUCAACGCAUUCCUCAAUUCAGAUAAAAUGGGACGUGAAAAAGGAUUCAUCAAAUCCUAUAACAGGAUUCGUGUUGCAGCACAAACGUGAAUUGGGUGCGUGGAAAGAAAAUAAAUUAUCUGGAAAAGAAAGAUCUUAUAACUUUCAAGGAUUACAUUGCGGUACACGUUAUCACUUUCUUAUCACAGCUUAUAACGAAGUUGGUGAAGGUAUUCCGAGUGAUGUUGUUAAAGCAAAGACUCAAGGAGUUGUUCCUAUAGCGCCAACUCAGAGUGAUUUUCUUCGGGUCAACACGACUUUUGCAGCAUUGAGAAUGAACGAAUGGAUCAACGGUGGAUGUCCUAUCAACUUCUUUGUCAUUCAGUGCAAACCGGAAACGGAUCAUGAAUGGAAUUUAGUUUCCGAUCAUGUGACACCGGAAGACGAUGUAUUUUAUUUAGAAGGGUUGUCGCCUGGUACGUGGUACAGAGUUCACGUCACUGCACACAACGAAGUCGGUUCUACUGAAGCGGAGUUCACAUUCAAUACUUUACAUUACAUGGAUGGUACUCCAUUAAUGCCAAUCGUGGAAAGUUUUGCACCUUUUUAUACUAACUUAGCCAUAAUGGCACCAGUCAUCGUCACUUUCCUCAUCAUAAUUUCAGUGUGCGUUGCAAUUUGCAUAUUGAAUCGAAGAAGAAGGCAGGCAGAUCAUCAAUACCAAGAACCCAGAAACAUUCGCAAAGACGUAGUUAGUGAAGUGAUGCAAAUGUCUGACUUCGAAUCUAAGCAAACAGAAGGUAGUUACGUACACAAAGAACCUUUGUAUUUUCCAUCGCCUUAUGCAACUAGUCGCAUAGCUGUAUUUAACAGAGAAGAUAGAAGUAGUGGAGACAGCAGUACAGACGGACGUUCUAUAUCUCUUCACGACGGAGAGAGAGCAUACGAUGUUCCAUUCGCUGUUAAACAGUCAAAUAAUAUAUCUAGUCAUCAAAAAAGUGGGAGGGACAGUUCCUUGCAAUUAGAAGUGGAUCACAUGUACAGCUUUCCUGGUCGUACUACAUACCAAUCAAUCUCGAGUUCGACGACCAAGGAUCUAUCAUCUAGAAGAUGGUCAUCAGAUGUAGACGACGAAUUUCCCAGUAGCAAUAUGAGUCGUUGUAGAAUUCCAAGCAACACCAGAUGGCACUGCAGUACUAAACAAGGUGGUCCCAAUGCUAAACCAUCUGGGGAGGGAUACCACAAGAUGGACCAUGGACGGUAUUCAUACAGGGAUACUUACAGAACAAGCCAGUUAGCAGUUGUUGUAGAAAAUAGUGAUACUGAAUGCGACCAAGAUCAACUAUUAGAUUUUGAAAGAGACUCGAGUCUUCAUUUUCAAGACAGAUUGCCCUAUCACAUCGCUGUUGGACAGCAAGUUAUGUUUAAAGUCGACGACAAAGAAUAUAGGGUAGAGGGGGAGAAUAGAUAGGAUGAGAAAUGGUAAAAAAAAAAGGAAAAAGUAACAUAAACUCUGAGCAAAUACCGAAUUUAAACGUUAAAAAACGUACUGUUGUCCGUUUACUACAAUUUUCCAAUCAGUCAUAUGGGUAUUAUUAGAAAAAAGUGCCUGUAUCUUGACCAGAACUCGUUUCGAUGUGAAGAAUUUUAAGUCAUUUUUUUAAUAUUCUAAAAAUCACAGCUUGUAUUAUACGUUCUUCUCGUGUAAAAAAGAAGUUUACUUAUUGUUUACAAUUGAUAAUGAACUGUUAUCACGUUUUAAAAUAAUGUAUUGUCUUUCAUAUGUUAUAUAUAUUUUACAAAUUUUUUAAUGAAAUUAUAUAAUAAAAGAACGAACGUAUGCGAUGGAUCAUAACAAGUUUCAUAUCUUUUUAUGUGGUUAUAAAUAAACCAAAUUUAUGAAUUUAAUAACUGUUAAUUGUAGAUAUAAAGGAAAAAAAACAACUAUUAACAAUUUUUUAAAAAUAUUAAAUUUUAGAUUCUAAAACAUGAAAAUUUAAUGUUACCAUUUUUAAGUAACUUAACUGUUUAGCUAGACAUAAAUUAUAAGUGAAGAGAGUAUAAGAAACAUAUUAAAAUAUCUUAAAUGUCCCUAUUCACCUUCCUCUACCCUAUUUAAGGAGUUAUUGCAAGGCACACCUGGAAAAUUUCCCAGAGAUAAAGUGGGGUGAUUGGAUAACUCGAACAUUAACAAUUCCUGCCAAGAAACAAGGUAUUAAUGGGAGUACACGACUUGUUAUAAAUGUCCAUGUUUAUGCUAUCAAGUUUUAGAACACAAAAAAAUGAACUGUUUGUUCUAAAGGCAUAA